CAUGAAGUCGCUGUGUCUCGUCACCGUGGGGGUCCUGGCCAUGACGCUGCUCAUCGCCAGCAUCUCCCUGCUGGUCGCGCACGUCUUCCAGACGGUGGUGGAUCUGCAGGUGAAGCAGGGAACAGUCUUGAAGAACGGCACGGAAACCUUUGAGGCCUGGGAGGACCCUCCCCCCCCAGUCUACAUGCAGUUCUACUUCUUCAACGUGACAAAUCCUCUGGAAGUGCUCCAAGGUGCUACUCCUCUCGUGGAGGAAAUAGGACCAUACACCUACAGGGAAUACAGGCCAAGAGUGCACGUCCAGUUUUUGGACAAUGGAACCAAAGUGUCUGCUCUAAACCCAAAGACUUACGUAUUUGAACCUGAAAAGUCAGUGGGAGACCCUGAAGUGGACCUGAUCAGGACAAUAAAUAUUCCUGCAGUGACUGCCAUGGAGUGGACCAGGUCAACCCCUCUGCAGUUUGCCACGGAGGUGCUGCUGCUGCUGUACCAGGAGUCGCUGUUCACCGUGCGCAGCGUGCACGAGCUGCUCUGGGGCUACAGGGACCGGCUGCUGUCCACCAUCCACGUCCUGCACCCCGAGAUCGACCCCGUCUUCGGGCUCUUCAGCAAGAUGAACGGAUCUGAUGAUGGAGAAUAUGUUUUCCUGAGUGGGGAAACGAACUACCUGAACUUCUCCAGGAUUGUGGAGUGGAAAGGAAAAGAGUCCUUGAACUGGUGGACAACAGAGGCAUGUAACAUGAUUAAUGGCACAGAUGGGACAUCGUUUCACCCGUUGAUCAGCAAAGAUGAGAACAUUUACAUCUUUUCUUCUGAUUUCUGCAGGUCCCUGUUCCUGGUGUACGACAGCUCGGGAGCCGUGGCCGGGGUGCCCACGUUCCGCUUCGUGCCCUCCUCCAUGGUGUUUGCCAACACGUCGGUGAACCCGGCCAACGCCGGCUUCUGCGUGCCCGCCGGCAACUGCCCCGGCACCGGCGUGCUCAACGUCAGCGUUUGCAGGCAGGGUGCUCCAAUAUUUCUGUCAGCUCCGCAUUUUUACCAGGCGGAUCCGAAGUUCAUUGAGGACAUAGAGGGCAUGCAUCCCAGGAAAGAAUACCACGAGACGUUUCUGGACAUCAAUCCUCUGACAGGGCUCGUCUUGCAGGCCGCCAAGCGCAUGCAGGUCAACGUUCACGUCCGAAAAUUGCCUGAAUUUUUUGAAACCGGCAACAUCCAAACGCUGAUUUUCCCAGUGAUGUAUAUAAAUGAGAGUGUUCUGAUUGAUGAAGCAUCUGCCAGCAAACUCAGGCAUGUCCUGCUGGAAGCCAGUGUUGUGACUGGGAUCCCCUUUGUAAUCAUGGCUCUGGGCAUUGUGUUUGGGAUUGUUUUCAUUGUGCUGGCGUGCAGGUCCCAGAGGAUAAGUGAAGAGAGCACGGAAGAAGAGAGGUCCCCACUCAUCAGGACGUCUUAGUAGAUUUUCUUUACCCCGUGAGCUUGGAGAGUAAACUAUUAGAGCUGACCUAAUACCACCUGUCCCCUGUGGAGACACGGUCGUGUCCAGCUGCACUUUUGGUGGGACAGAGGUGGAAGGCAAUCUGCACUGUCAGCCAGGGAGGAGACUUCUUUCUCGCCAGCUACGUCACAACUUCCAAAUUCCAUUUUAAAACUGCUCCAGAUCCUGCUUUUCUCAACCCUGCCCUCUGUUUGUACCCACACUGGCAGCCACAGAGGAUCAUAACCACUGGACGGGCGACCCCAAGCCGGCCUGAUUCCCCGCAGGGGGGCAAGUGUGGACGACCUGCUGGGAACACGGCGGGCUCCUGGCUGGCCCCGGGCCAGGGACAGAUGUGCUGUGGGCCGGGCGGCGUCCUGUCCUGAGCGUGUCCUUCUUCCAGUGUGCGCCGAGCGUUUGUUACUCGUGUCCUCGGUCCUGUCCCAGCGCACGGGCCCAGCUCGUCCAGCCCGGAGCCGAGCUUCCAGGUGGAACCGAGCCAGCGGAUGGAAGUGCUUGUCCAUGCACACCGCCACCUCAGUGUUCCCGCUCUGCUUGUUAGCCAGGCUUUUAUCCUUCAGGUGUGGGGUUUGUUGUGCAGCUCCAGGCAGCGCCGCUCAACCUUGUUCUUGGGGUGGAGGGGGCCCAGCCGCUGGGGGUUUCUUGGG